UUUUGGCUCUCUGAGCUGCACCAUGGCGGUCGGCAAGAACAAGCGCCUUACGAAAGGAGGCAAAAAGGGAGCCAAGAAGAAAGUGGUUGACCCAUUUUCUAAAAAAGAUUGGUAUGAUGUGAAAGCACCAGCUAUGUUCAAUAUAAGGAAUAUUGGGAAAACAUUGGUCACGAGAACUCAAGGAACCAAAAUCGCGUCUGAUGGCCUCAAAGGUCGUGUUUUUGAAGUGAGUCUUGCUGAUCUGCAGAAUGAUGAAGUAGCAUUUAGAAAAUUCAAGCUAAUUACUGAGGAUGUUCAGGGCAAAAACUGCCUGACUAAUUUUCAUGGUAUGGAUCUUACCCGUGACAAAAUGUGCUCCAUGGUCAAAAAAUGGCAGACCAUGAUUGAAGCUCACGUUGAUGUCAAGACUACCGAUGGUUACUUGCUUCGUCUGUUCUGUGUGGGCUUUACUAAAAAGCGCAACAAUCAGAUCCGGAAGACUUCUUAUGCCCAGCACCAGCAGGUGCGCCAGAUCCGUAAGAAGAUGAUGGAGAUCAUGACCCGAGAGGUGCAGACAAACGACUUGAAAGAGGUGGUCAAUAAAUUGAUUCCAGAUAGCAUUGGAAAAGACAUAGAAAAGGCUUGCCAAUCUAUUUAUCCGCUCCAUGAUGUCUUCGUUAGAAAAGUAAAAAUGCUGAAGAAGCCUAAAUUUGAAUUGGGAAAACUCAUGGAGCUACAUGGUGAAGGUAGUAGUUCUGGAAAAGCUACUGGGGACGAGACAGGUGCUAAAGUUGAACGAGCUGAUGGAUACGAACCACCAGUCCAAGAAUCGGUUUAAAAUGCAGACUCUUAAUGGUGACAAAUAAAAGAUCUUAUUUGUGGUAAAAAAAAAAAUA